UCUCUCCUUCCAUUUCUGCAACUCCCAUAUUUGUUUUUGUUGUUUGUUUUCUCUCCUCUUUUCUUCUUCACAGAAUACCAUGGAUUCCAACCUCGAAGCUCCAACCUCCAUUAAUGGCGGUGAUUUUCUCUCUCCUCCAUCUCCGCCACCACUCCAGAAGGAAGACGACAACGACGACGAGGAUGAUGAUGAUGAUUUCUACAUCGAUGACAGUAACUGUUCAACGCCAUUUGUGAGCGCGCCUUCUAGUCCAGGUCGUUCGUACUAUCCUUCUGGAUUCUUCUACAGUGCUCCUGCAAGUCCCAUGCAUUUCGUCCUCGCUACUGCUCAGGCGAGAUCCUCCGCCGGCGGUGGCUUAAUUCCGGCGAGUUCCGACGCGUCCUCCUCUACCGGCUCGUUCGAGUUCGAGUUCUCCUCCCGAUUCGACUCGCCGGCGCCGGAGAUUGGACCGUCAAUGUCGUCCGCUGACGAGUUGUUCCUCAACGGUCAGAUCCGUCCGAUGAGGCUUUGCGCUCAUCUACAACGGCCGCAGAAGCUUCCGUCUCUGACAUUGCUGGAAUCUGAGAGAGAAGAUGAAGAAGAUGACGAUUAUUGCGAUGAUAAUGAUGAGAAGAGUAAUGUGUUUCAGAGGUCAAGGUUGAGAAACAGAUCUCAGCGGAGAAGAACUCGGUCUCUCUCUCCUCUUCGGAGUACGGCGCCGUUUGAGUGGUACUGCUCUGACGACGCCGUUUCGACUCCGACGAAGAAGGCGGAGGAGGGAGGAGAGAGUGAAGGAGGAGGUGAGAAGGAGAAGGACGGCGGCGAAACGACGCCGUCGGGGAGUUCGUCGCGGUGUUCAUCGGCGGGGAGGAGUUCGAAACGGUGGGUGUUUUUGAAGGAUUUUCUGAGGAGUAAGAGUGAAGGAAGAAGUAACAACAAAUUCUGGCAUAAUAUCAACAUCUCGUUUUCUCCAGCGAAAGAGAAGAGAGAUAAAGGUAGCAACAAUAAUAGUAAUGUCAGUGAAAAUACAAAUGUAAAUGCGAGUGCGAAUUCGGCUUCGUGCUCCGAGGAAAAGAAGGCGAAGAAGAAGGAAGUUUUGUCGUCGAAAGGAAAGGGGAUGCCGGGCGGAAAGAGGAGGUCGGCGCAUGAGAUGCACUACGCUGCGAACCGAGCGCAAGCAGAGGAGAUGAGGAAGAAAACAUUCUUACCUUACAGGCAAGGUUUAUUGGGAUGUUUGGGGUUUAAUUCCAAGAGUUAUGGUGCACUUAAUGGCUUUGCUAGAGCUCUAAAUCCUGUCUCUUCUAGGUGAUACCAUUACAUGUAUCAUUAUCAAGUAUCUACCUAUCAUCAUCAAAAACGUUUUUAUAAAGAAACCCAAAUCAAGUGUAUUAUUGAUUAAUAGGGUCUAAAAAAAUGGGAAAAAAAAAAUACAAGUAGAUGAUUUUUGAGAAAAUACCUGUUAAUAUGGCAUAUUAACAAGUAUUGUUAAUAUAGGGGUAUAGUGGUCUUUUUUAUCUAUGUAACAAGGCUAGUGGAGUAAAUUCACCGCCAAGAACAUCUACUACCUCACUGGAUGCUAAUUUGCAUCGUUAAUUCCGUCAUCUACUCAUCUCCAUAUCCACUUCUUUUUCACUCAAAAUUAAAACCAUUAAUGGAGAAAUUGGCGGCUGCAAUGGACAACUCAAAGGUGAUGACAAAUUUCUACCCUUUGGGUUUAACCAUGCCUUUUGUUUCACCCUUUAUCAUUAGGGUUUUCGUUUAUUUCGGCGGCGAAGCCGCCGGAAAGUGGUGGCGGUGGACAUGUUUGAGCAUCUUCAAUGGUGGAUGAAAGCUUGGACAUCUUCAAUGGUGAACAAAAGCUUGGGCAUCUUCAAUGGAGGAUGAAAGCUUGAAUUGGGCAUUUACUUAACGUUAACGGCGAAAGGUUACAGGUGGUAGUAGAAAAAUAAUAAAAUAAUAUAUUCCACUCCUCAUAUUUACAAAAUUGCCACCAUAUUAACAAAGUUUUGUUAAUAUGACAUAUUAACUGGGUUCUCCUCAUGAUUUUUGUAUAGAGGAUUUGAUUUUCUUAUUUUUCUCCACCUUUAAAUUUGAUAUAGGCCCCUAAUUUUUCUUUAAAUUUGUUUAUCUAGGGUUAAAAUACAUGAUUAUAAUCAUGAUUACUCUA